AUGGCCAUCAUAGUUGGAGACUCCAAUGGCCUCACUAGGUUUAGCUCGUUGGAGUACCAGGCCAUCAUGUUCGUCCUCGCGAUUCUGAUGAGCGUGAGUUGGGCCUUGGUCGAGAUCGUCAUGAAGCGCUUCGCGCUGCUGCCGGUGCUCUUCCCUGGGGUGUUCGCCAUCCGAGAGAAACGGCUGUACUUUUUUGACAUCGAAGUCAACGAAGUGUCGGAUGGCAAAGCCCUUAGAUGGGAAGCGAUGAUGAUCACACGGCUGACCGUCAUCGUCGUGCUCUCCUACCUUUGGGAGUCCUGCGUCUUUCAGACCACGACACAUGUCGGCAAGGACUUUCCGCUGGAGGAGUGCAGGCGGGGCAUGGAUUGUUUCGCAUCAGAGCUGCGGAUUCAGACCUUCAUCAGCCGGAAUCACCAGCCGGUGAACUGUAGCAGUGCUCACGAGAGCGGAGAAUUCUUUGACAAGCAGGUCGUCGUCUCGUGCGUCAUGUUCGUCACGCCGUCCCUCACACAGUGGCUGAUGCACCUGGCGAUAGCGCACUCGCAGAUUCAGAUGACCCUGAAAGCUUUUGGCGUCCUCGUCUGGUCCUGUGGGCAAUAUGCCUGGUUCCAUCGGGUCAUUCUUGCCACCAGCGUCAUUAGCGCCUUCAUCGUCUGCGGCCUGACCUUCGGCGGGGUCAUGACAAACUUCAACUCCUCCUGGUCGGGCUUCGUCAUCAGCUUCUCCUUCCCAGUCUUCUUCUGGAUCGUCUGGAACUGCGGGCGCAUCCUGCAGCACCUCUGGAUGCAGGACUCCAAGCGAAUGCAGGAGUCCAUCGAAGAGAAUUUGAGUCUUGCCCUCAAGGACCUGGCACGGAGGGCGGGCGCCGUCGAGUCUGGCGAGCCUGACAUGGGACAUCGGGAGAGCAUCACCAGGAAGAAAGGCUACUUCUCUUCCAUGAAGCAGACCUUCUCCAAACUCCCCUCCAUUCUGAAGAACAGAGGGAGCAGCAUGUCGGGGUCGCAGGUCGGUGGAGCAGAGGCGGGCUCCUUCGGCCCCAUCAAAUCUUCGGAUGCGGCGCGCUGA